AUGAAUUCUCUUGGUAUUUCAGAUUAUCUGGGAUGUUACAAAGAUGGUUCACCACGUGACCUCUUACAGAGAUUACAUCAUAAUAAUGUGACAGUGAACAACUGUGUCAGCGGUUGUCGUGAUCAGGAAUACGAGUAUGGCGCCGUACAGUUUUCAUAUCUGUGUUUCUGUGGCGACCACUACGGGAGGUUUGGGAAACUUCCUGAUGAGAUGUGUGACAGCAAGUGUAAGAGUCCUGGGGACCAGUACUGUGGCGGCGACUGGAAGAAUUCGGUGUAUUCUACAGGUCAGUGACAGCGUGGGUCUGGGGACGAGGAGUGAGCAUUGAACUAUAAAUAAACUGGAAGGCUAACUGCUAUGAUGAAGGCCUGUGAUUUGAUGAAGCCAAAAUAGUUUUUCUGAGUUAUGAGCAGAAAUACUUGAUCCCAAACGUUGGGCUAUAUAUCGAAUUGAAGCUAUUGAAAAUUGCUAUUCGGUGUGGAAAUUUCAGGACUUCAGCGAAAAGAAAAAUAUUUUAAAAAUACAAAAACAAAUGGCAAAUUAUUGGCAAUUAUUUUUGUAGUUUUUCAAUAUUUCCCUUGUAGUUUUGAAAUUUCUACACCAAAUGGCGUUUUUCAGUAGCUUCAGUUUCAUAUACAGCACAACGUUCAGUGUUGAGUAUUUCUGCUCAUCACUCAGAAAAACUAAAAUGCACUGGCUUCAAUCCCCCCCUCCCCCCCUGAGUUAUCGUUCCAGUUUAUUUAUAGUUCAAUGGGUGUGAAUGAUAGUUGCAGUUGUCUAUUGACCGAUUUACACUACACAACUUUUGCCUAAAACUGUCGCAUGCAACCUGCUUACAACUUGAGUUGCACUGUGUAAAUCAAGCACCACAACUCAACUACGACAACGUACAUCAGGUCUGGUCCGAGGAGCUGAACUUAGCACUAACCCUCUCUUUUAUUACCAGGAUACAAAGGAAAGAAAAAGAAACAUAAAAAGCGUGAUCAAGUAGUUCUCUUUGAUGGACCUGAAGAGAUAAAAACUUCUGGUAAGAUUGAGCAAAGAUGCGUUAGAUUAGGUUUCUUGUUUGCUUGUCGUCAUUUUGUCGCUGAAAUAGUUUUAUUUGAGAGGUUCACAUUUGACUUCCAAUACCCUACGUCUGGCUUUGUACACAUUUGAUUGGUUAGUAGUUAAGCCAAACCUGAGCAUCUCUAAUGCUUCCUGAAUCGCCGUAGCAUUAUGACAUCGGCUUGUCCCACCCGAAAAUUGUAAGGCUGUCAAGCAUAGGUCCGUGUUCGGACUACAAUUUAUUUUCAGCGAAAAUGUCAUUUUCAUUCUCUAUUUUUCUAGAAUUCGUUGAAGACACAGAACAUGAUGACGUCGCUGUCUCAAAAGAGUCUGACAUCGUGUCACCCCACCCUAGAUCUGAAGUCCCAGAUUCUUUUGAUGCCCCCCACGUUCACAUUAAUCCCACGGACUACAAUCAGAACAAUGUACCUGGCUCUCCCGGGGAAAGUAUCAGUGCUUUCCCCCUUGCCACCAGCGCCCCACCGCUGGAAGAAACAAGUCAAACUUCAACCAAUCAUCUACCUUCAGAGCAAGGUACAGCCCAAACAACCAGCAAUCAACCUUUGGAGGAACCAGUACAGGGACAUACUAUUAACCUCGGAACUUUUCCCCAUACGGCGGAAACUCUACCCGGGCAAAUUACCCCCGAACAAAGUACACAUGUGGAAACUAUCCCAUCUCAAACCACCUCUCAGGAAAGUGUAUCGGAAAAAAGUAACCCCGUUUUAGGUACCCCAGAGAUAAGUACCCCCGUGUUAAGUACAUCGGUAGAAUACCCCUCGAUAUCUGCGACCCCUUUGGAACACAGUAAAACUGGAGAAACUAUCGUUACUAUCCCGUCUCUGGAAGCCUCAAGUAAUCACAUCAAAGCUGGCUCAGUGCUGAUUAAAUUACCAUCAAAACACCUUCAUCUUGACAGCAAAGGUAUCAAAAUAAACUCUACACUUGUGAAUGGUACAGUGCUAAAAAUAAAUGGUACUCUAUAUCUAGUCAAGGGGAGCCUGACCAAACUACCUAAAUCCAAAUCAGCUCAUGCUAAUAAACUCGUUGGAAGCUUAGUGGCUGGUGUGGCUUUAAAAGAUUCAAAUGAGCAUCUGGUUAAUGGUACCAAGGCUGGUGUUACCACAGAUGGUGAUAUGUUCAGUUAUGAUGGUUCAGCGUCUACCACACUGGAAGAUAAACCAUUUGACGCUCACGUGAUCGAGGUCAAGGUGAAGAGUGAGGAACAGAAAAAUCCUCCAAAAAAGAAAUUGGCAGGUAUGUCUUGAAACUGAACUAAACUAACAAUAUUUAUACUGGAUAGCUCUAUCAGUUCUAAACUGUUCUUCCUAGAGGUCCAGUAAGGGUCAUCUCUUAUUGAUCCAGUGUUACUACAGGAGGAAAUCUAAACUAAACUAACUUUAUUUAUACUGGAUAGCUCUAUCAGUUCUAAACUGUUCUCCCUAGAGGUCCAGUAAGGAUUAUCUCUUAUUGAUUCAGUGUAACUACAGGAGGAAAUCUAAACUAAACUAACUUUAUUUAUACUGGAUAGCUCUAUCAGUUCUAAACUGUUCUUCCUAGAGGUCCAGUAAAGAUCAUCUCUUAUUGAUCCAGUGUUACUACAGGAGGAACCCAGAAUACCUGUGGUGUUUGGUAGAAUCAAACUGAAAGCACUCUUCUCACAUGUGAUUGAUGAGAAAUUAUAAACAGACAUCUGCGUAUCGUAAGAAUGAUGAAAAUCACAUUGGUUUUUCAUUGCUUUGAUAUAUUUUUUCCCAGGUGAAAAGUCGAUAUCAGUUGAGAGUUCAAACCCGAUUUCUCCGACGGAAAACUUAAACAAUCCAUCCGCAAGCAAUGAAAACAUAGAUGCUUCGAAUCUCUCGUCUCCCCCACCGCCUCCACCCCCUCCUACUCACUCAUAUUAUCCACCCAAACCCCUACAAGUGCCUCUCACAUCAAUAGACGAACCUUCGUUGACCAUUAAUAAAGCAAUCUCCGCCGAGGCUGUUGGCUUUCACGAUACGACCUCACAAGACGAACGGAAAAGUUAGUUUUCAAUCUUACUGAAACCCACCAAUUAUAAUGAAUACAUGAUAAUGAAUACAAUUUAUCAUAUUAUCAAUGAACUUCUAGGCACAAAAUUUAGGAAGUCAGGCUCAAUUUUUUCUCCUUCCCUUUCAGAAACAGCUUGUUACAUCGAACGUAAAAUGGCGGUAAGCAUGGAUGACAGUUUCGUACCAGUUUGCCAGGAAGAUGGUAGCUACGCCCCAGUUCAGUGUUUUGAACACAUGGGUUUUGGUAAACAGUGUUGGUGUGUGGAUGGCCAGGGCGAGGAGAUUGGGGAUACGAGAACUACAGAUGGCAGUACACCCACUUGUGAAAAAGGUAAGAUGUCGUUCAAGGCAUUCUGAGCUUUCUCUAGACUUCCAAGGCCGAUUCGCUACACAACUUUUACCCAAAACUGUCGCAUGCAACCUGCUUACAACUUGAGUUGUACUGUGUAAAUCAAGAUUCAAGCAUACAACUCACCAACGACAAUGCUAUAAUCUUUUUUUUAGCUCCAAAAAAACAAAUUUCUUCUGAGGUAAAAUUCUUAAAGGUCAAGACCGCCUCCUCAACAAAGAAGCCAGGAAAAGGAGCCAGGAAAUACAAAGUGGAAACACACGCCAAAGGUAUUUUUGUACAUACAUGUACGUAAAAACGCACAAGUUGUAACAAACCUGCAGCAGACUUGUAGCAAUGCUGUUCCAAUGACUUGUCAACAGGAUAUGUUCGCACUGCUUGUUCCCAACUUGUUGACAAGUUCUCAACGGCUUGUUGAUAACUUGCUGCAAGGUUGUCGAGCUCAACAGACUUGUUAAAAGUUGUUCCAACAACUUGUUAUCGUCCUGCAAUUCAACAAUUUGUCAACAAGUUGCGAGUGACAACCUUGUAGCAACUUGAUAAAAUAACAGCAUUGUUACAACUUGUUGACAAGUUUGCUACAAGCCUUUUGCGAACACAUCUUGUUGACAAGUUGUGAGAUUAUCACGUGUGUGCUACAUAUAAUGUAGAGAGAAUUAAUAUUAUGUCCUGCCUCUGAUGACUGCAAUGACCUGCAUUGGGUGAGAUCGUUGAAGAUUCUCUUUCUCUUUCAGCCAAACUUUCUCAAUGCGAAGCGGAAAAGAAGAUUUCGAAGAAUCAAAAAGAUAUGUUCUCCCCAGAAUGUCAGCCUGAUGGUAGUUAUGCACCUGUGCAAUGCUUUGCUCAUGCGAACUACGGCACACGAUGCUGGUGUGUGGAUGAUAAUGGUCGAGAAAUAUCUCGAAGUAGUAUUCAGGGUGGAAAGAAACCCGACUGUGAGAAAGGUAGACUCUCUUUAUUAUCAACUAUUUGUGCCAGUGUAGGUGGUGUCAAAAUAUGAACAAGCUUUCGUUGCUAGGACUGCAACUACCUGAAAUAUAUAAGGAGAAUUUCGACGUUUCGGGCGAUGGCCCUUCAAUAACUCCAGACGAAGAGUCUCGAAAUUCUCCUUAUAUAUUUCAGGUAGUUGCAGUCCUACCCUACGAAAGCUUGUUCAUAUCUCUUUAUUAUGAUUAGACACAGUGGUUAGUGUCUUUCAUCUCUGGCUUUGAUUCCUGCAAUAUGCAGUUGUCUCAUUGAAGAGAUUUGUCGUGGUAUUUCAAGUGGUAUUUUUUAUACAUUUCUUAGACCUAACCUGGAACACUUGCGAAAUAUGCAACUAUUGUUGUCUGAUUAUAAUUUCUCCUCUGACUCACGUGAGAAGAAUGUUUCUAGUUUGACUCUACAAAACACGGCAAGUUUUAUUGUGUACCCCGUUUCCUCGUGUAGUAACACUGGACCAACAAGAGAUGGUCCUUCUGUGCUUAUAGGAAGAGCAAUUUGGGAGAGAUAACUAUCAAGUUCAUAAACAUACAUUGGUAUUAUGCUUUGUGAUGUUACUCUGAGUGUAUAUCCACACCGGGCAAGCUUGAAAAAUAUGCUUAGCCACGGUGGGAAGCGAACCUAUCAAAGGUUCGAUCCCCACCGUGGUCGGGCAUAUUUUUCAAGCUUGCCCAGUGUGGAUAUACACUCAGAGUAACAUCACAAAGCAUCAUAUUCACCUGAGUACAUUACACCAACACAGAAAAAAUACAUUGGUAUUUUUUAGUUCUUUCCAAAGUUUUGUCGUCGUUUGAUUCUCACUGUGGUCAAUACGGUUGUUGUGCAGACGGACAAACACCAUCGCCUGACCCAACCAAGGCUGGCUGUCCUCAAAAACUUCGUAACAAAGCAAAGAGUCCCGGAAAGAAAAUCGCACUUCAAAACAACGCCGCGAAACAGGGGAAUCGGAAAGUUCCCUGUUUUGAAGUAGUAUGUGGUUGCUGUCCUGAUGGCGUGAGCGUUGCCAUGGGACCAAACUUUCAAGGCUGCGGUGUGAAACGGCCGUCUGUUCCAAAAGGUUCGUGGUUUUACAUAUUUCUCAAAAUCAUUACUAAUUCAUGAACAAAGCACAAUAGAAACCAGCACCGUUGUCUUGGUACCACGAUAAUAAACCCCUCUUUAAGUACAAGUCCGUUUGAGAAUUGAAAAUUGAAAGCUGUUUAUAACCGGCGUAUAAAACACCUCAAAGUAUGUGGAAAAACUCGGUUAGCUCUCGUUUUUCAACACAUUACUCUCAUUCAACUCACCCUAAUACAUUUUUAUUUUGAAACGAUCUAUUUUUUAGCUAAGGACAUUUGUGCUUCCUUGGUUAUAAAGCAAGUUUGGUCUAACGAGUUGUCAAACAGUUAUAAUCGGAACUUUCAGCGAUUUGCAAAAUCACUAAAAAAGGCGGUAAUAAUUGAAACUUUAUGUUACUAUAAAAGAAAUCCAUCGUUUGUUCAAAAUAUCAGCCUUGAAACUGCUCUAGGAAUCUCAACUAUUUGUCUUCAUUUCAGAUUACCAAAAUUUAUUCAGUCGGAAAAGAUUUUGAUCGCGUGAAUGUUAAUGGUUUCGAGUAUGUAUUUUAUACAGUAAUAAGAGAUGGUCCUUGCUGAACAGUUUAGAACUGAUAGAGCUAUCUAGUAUAAAUAAAGUUAGUUUAGUUUAGGUUUCCUCUUGUAGUAAUACUUACUGGACCUCUAGGAAGAACAGUUUAGAACUGAUAGAGCUAUCCAGUAUAAAUAAAGUUGGUUUAGUUUAGGUUUCCUCCUGUAGUAACACUGGAUCAAUAAGAGAUGAUCCUUACUGGACCUCUAGGAAGAACAGUUUAGAACUGAUAAAGCUAUCCAGUAUAAAUAAAGUUAGUUUGGUUUAUGUUUCCUCUGGUAGUAACACUGGAUCAAUAAGAGAUGAUCCUUGAUGGACCUCUAGGGAGAACAGUUUAUAACUGAUAGAGCUAUCCAGUAUAAAUAAAGUUAGUUUAGUUUAUGUUUCCUCCUGUAGUAACACUGGAUCAAUAAGAGAUAAUCCUUACUGGACCUCUAGGAUGAACAAUUUAGGACUGUACGUAAAGACCGUAUACCGUUUGCUAGAACUGAGUCUAGUUCACCAUUUAUUUCCAGGCCUGGUUGUUAUCCUUACGAUCCAAAAGCCGUGAGCUCUGUGAUCGUUUACUUCACCCUACACUUUGCUAAGGCUGUUGAUCAUCCACUGAAACCUAUACAAGAUCAUUUAGAUGAUGAGAAAACUUUGGCUGGCAAAGACGUCUUCCCUGAUUCGUUAAUGCUGACAGGUAAAUAAUACUUAUAAUGACAUUGAGAGAAAAAUAUGUAAAGAUAUUUAUAGAUUGUUUUGUCAAAUGUUACUUUUGUAAUUUUCUCUAGGUAUUCCAGAAAACGCCAAUGGAUGUGAACCUCUGAAGCCAACAAAUCAACCAAAACAAUCUCAACAACCCACACCUCGACCUCCAUCCCAACUACCUUCCCCAAUACCUGCUCCAGCUAAAAGCCCCCCUCGCCCGCCAGCCUUACCGCAACCCCCGGCUCCAAGACCAGCCCCACCCGGGACUCCAGCCACGCCUAGCCCGCCAGCCACGCCUCAACCUCCAGCUCCCCCUGGGACUCCAGCCCCACCUAGCCCUCCAGGCUUGCCUCAACCUCCAGCGACUCCAGCCCCACCUAGACCUCCAGGCUUGCCUCAACCUCCAGCUCCCCCUGGGAUUCCAGCCACGCCUAGCCCUCCAGCCUUGCCUCAACCUCCAGCUCCCCCACCGACUCCAGCCCCACCUAGCCCUCCAGCCUUGCCUCAACCUCCAACUCCCCCUGGGACUCCAGCCCCACCUGGGAUUCCAGCCACGCCUAGCCCUCCAGCUUUGCCUCAACCCACAUCUCCGUCCCCAACAAAACCACCAAAUCUUACCCCCACGCCACCAUCGCCACCAAACCCCCCUGAAACACGCCUUACCCCUCCCCCUACAUCACAACCUCCCGCAGUCCCGCCUCCUUCAUCUUCCCCACUCCCAGAUUGGGACUACCUUGCAUUAUACUACACUUUUGACAACCACAAAUUCCCCUUUAUAACAGACGUAUCAGGUCACAGUAACCGGGGACAGAUGUCCGCUGGGGUCAAUGUCGUAGGGGUACAGAAUGGCUGUGGAUUAGCGGGGUCGUUUAUCAGAGGGUCAAUUACCGUAGAUGGUAGUCGCUUCCACCCUAAACCAACUCAAGCAGUUACCGUUGCUUUGUGGGUAAAGUUUUCAACUGUGGAAGGCGAGCAGACUUUAUUCACUACAUCUCGGCAAGGUUCCUAUAAGUCCAAUUAUUAUUUGGCGUCAAAAUCAGGCAAGAUUACUUGGUGUCAUAAAAAUGAACAGGACGAGAAUUUGUUUGAGAUUACAUCUGAGCGUGCAGUUGUUGCUGGUCAGUGGGCACAUGUUGCAGCUACAUAUGACAGCAGUAAAGGUAGGAUGACUCACUAUAAUACCAUCAUUGAUUACUAG